GUACCGACAUCGCUGCCGGGGAAGAAGUGGCCAUCAAGCUUGAAUGUGUGAAGACCAAGCAUCCUCAACUCCACAUCGAGAGCAAGAUCUACAAGAUGAUGCAAGGAGGAGUGGGCAUCCCCAGUAUCCGGUGGUGCGGGGCUGAGGGGGACUACAACGUCAUGGUGAUGGAGCUGUUGGGGCCAAGCCUGGAGGACCUCUUCAACUUCUGCUCCAGGAAGUUCAGCCUCAAGACUGUGCUGCUGCUUGCCGACCAGAUGAUCAGCCGGAUCGAGUACAUCCACUCCAAGAACUUUAUCCACCGGGACGUGAAGCCCGAUAACUUCCUCAUGGGGCUAGGGAAGAAGGGCAACCUGGUCUACAUCAUCGACUUUGGGCUGGCCAAGAAGUACCGAGACGCAAGAACCCACCAGCACAUCCCCUACCGCGAGAACAAGAACCUCACGGGCACCGCGCGCUAUGCCUCUAUCAACACGCAUCUCGGGAUCGAGCAGUCUCGAAGGGAUGACCUGGAGUCCCUGGGCUACGUGCUGAUGUACUUCAACCUGGGCUCGCUGCCCUGGCAGGGGCUGAAGGCUGCUACCAAGCGGCAGAAGUACGAGAGGAUCAGCGAGAAGAAGAUGUCCACGCCCAUCGAGGUGCUGUGCAAAGGCUACCCUUCCGAGUUUGCCACCUACCUGAACUUCUGCCGCUCCCUGCGCUUUGACGAUAAGCCUGACUACUCGUACCUGAGACAGCUCUUUAGGAAUCUCUUCCACCGCCAGGGUUUCUCCUACGACUACGUAUUUGACUGGAACAUGCUCAAGUUUGGCGCCAGCCGGCCUGCCGACGACGCGGAGCGCGAGCGGCGGGACCGAGAGGAGCGCCUGAGACACUCGCGGAAUCCAGCCACUCGUGGCCUCCCCUCCACGGCCUCAGGUCGCCUGCGUGGGACCCAGGAAGUGGCCCCCCCCACUCCCCUCACCCCUACCUCACACACGGCCAACACCUCCCCCCGGCCCGUCUCGGGCAUGGAAAGAGAGCGGAAAGUGAGCAUGCGGCUGCACCGCGGGGCCCCCGUCAACAUCUCCUCCUCCGACCUCACGGGCCGACAAGAUACCUCUCGCAUGUCCACCUCACAGAAUAGCGUUCCUUUCGAACACCACGGCAAGUAGCUGCUUGGCUCCCGUCGGAAGGCAGCGCUGGAUCCCUGGUCGGGCGGCUUCCGGUGGUCUGCAGUCCGCCGUGCACCGAUGAGGAUGCUCCUCUCCGCUGUGGAGCGGACGAUGCAUGGCUGAUCACUCUGUGACCAAUGGCUUUGUAGUGACACGCCCGGUCUAGAGCCGGACCUUAGCGCCGGGAGCUCCAGGCCACUCGCCCGGCAACGCUCGCUCAUGGGGGACGUGAAACGCGAACUAAGCAACAGACUCACGAGCGCCUGUGCCGGGGCCCACGUGGACGUGGAGCGGGGCUGGGACAGCAGCAGCGUGAGCGGUGGCAGAGACUCGGCUCGGUCGUGAGCCGCCCAGCCCAGCCCUCCCUUCCAGCCCUGUGCCGGCGACCCUGCACCUGUCAUCGUCCACUCGGCUAAGACACUUUUGUAUCACUUUGCUAAAGAUUGUUGGCUUAAAUCUGUGUAAAGAACCCUGUCUUUUUAUUGUUUUUGUUUUGUUUUUCCUUGUCUGUUUUUGCGGUCUUAAAAGAGAGGUUGACUUUAAAGAAUCCUGAAACGAAGACCCUGGUGUGGAGUUCUGUGUAAAGUGGAGUCAGGUAGGGAGGGCACACGGGGCCCCGAGGGCGUGUGCUGUCUCUGCUGUGCUGUUGCAGUGGGGGAGGCAGGGCCCCGAGGGCGUGCUCUGUCUCUGCUAUGCUGUGCUGUGCUGUCCUGUCCACCGCGCGCAUGCCCUCGUCAGCCUGGUUGGUGUCUCUCUUGCCCUCCCCACUGUCGGGGCGUGCCUGCCUUGGGAGGUGCCCGCCCUGGGCCCAGGCGCGGCAGUGAGCUCCCAGGAGCCCAGGCGCUCCCAGCAUCAGAAUGCAGAGCACAUUGGAUUCCCGGGGGACAGUGACCUGAGAGACCCAGGGCCGUGCUGGGGUCGUGUGUGGUUGUCAUGGUGGUGUAGGACGCCUUGGAGUGGGCGAGCCGUCGAAUGGGCUCUGAACGCUGUACUGCCAUGUGGGUCCAGCCCCUGGUCUCCGAACCGGGCACGAAGUGGCGGGCCGUCCUUGCUGGGUGCCUGGGUUCUCCCAGAAAGGCUGCAGAGCCUCCACCCGAAGUGCCAAGAAGCAGGCAACUCUUACGGCCUGAGGGCAGGCCCCAUGCACCCAGGAGACAUGUGGUGGCUGUCCCUGGGUGUGGUGGCCCUGCUCACUGCAGGGGCCUGGGCUCCCGUCUGGGGAAGUGGGGGCAGUACCGCCUGGGCCCCUGUCAUCUGCUGUCACCGUUGGAGGUGUGCUGUUGGACGCUGAGGACCUACAGGUUCCCUGGGUCUCCCUUCCCGAGUGCCCUGGCCCCGGAAUGCCUGGGCUGGGUGCGCUGGCCUCGCCGUCCCAGUGCCGCUCCUGCCUCCAGCCUGUGGUGCUGUCUGAGCCCUGAGCUGGUUGUUUUGUAAACCCCCUGGGGUGCGGGCCCUCUGCAGGAGGUGGGUCAGGGUGAGCUAGUUCUGUGAGUCCCCAUGGCGUCGUGGGCACGGGCACAUGGCGCGGGGCAGCCUCCUGAAGGGUGGCGGGGGCCCUUGCCAUGUGCACCCUCCCUGCUGGUAGGCAGGGCAGUGGGCUGUCCGGGCUGUGGGCCGUGCCCCCGUGUCUGUACCUGACGCCUGUACAUAAUAAAGUCCUGCCCUCCUCCGCC